AUGGGAUCAGAAAGACACAACUCUUCGCAGCAGCGUUCUCGCGCUAGGAGUGGCCAGAAUCAGAGAUCCGACGAGACUGGCAAAAGAAGGUUUACGUUCGGAUCGAAAAGCGGUGGCAAUGGUAAUGGAAGAGAUGGACAAGGACAUGAAGGCCAUAAGAAGCUUGCUGGGGAGCAUGCUGACCAGGGCGCAAAACAGGGGUUUACGCCUCAACAGCAAAAGGUGAUCAUCGAGCAUCUUCUGAUCACGAAGAGCAACGCCCCCCAGAAGAACUACUCGCAUGUGCCAUGCAAGUUCUUCAGACAGGGGUCGUGCCAGGCGGGCGAUUCUUGCCCAUUUUCUCAUUCUUUGGACACCACCACUGCAGACCAAACGCCUUGUGAGUAUUUCAAAAGGGGAAAUUGCAAAUUCGGUUCCAAAUGUGCCAACGCCCAUAUUCUACCAGACGGUGUGAGGGUCAAUCCACCGCGGCAGUUUAAAACUAGGUCCUCGUCUAGUCGCGAAGGUGUCACUCAGCCGCAGUUUCAGGCACAAGCACAGGCUCAGGUUCAGGCUCUUGCUCUUGCUCAAGCGCACACUCAAGCUCACGGCCAUGCCAUCGUGGAGAACUGUAUUUACGAAGAGGAAGAACCGAGGGCCGGCAGUUCUGUGGAGGAUGUCUCACAGGUGGAUGUAGAAGAUGAAUGUGAAGAAUUUUACAUUCCUAGGGAUUUCGCUGACUUACUAACUCCGGAAGAACUGAGGCGCCGGAAUUCAAGAUCGUCCUCGUCUUCAAUACCCUCUUCCUUCAAGAAUCCAGAAUUCUCCCAUUCCCGCUCUCUUUCAUCAUCGUCAUCAUCGUACGGUUCAGAACCCCUGUUUUCUCCAACUAUCAGUACCAAUAAUGGCUAUCAUCAAAGAGCGUACUCUAAUGCUUCCUUAUCAUCUUCAAAUUCGUCUACAACCGUAUCACCACUGCUGCAUCAGCAACUGUCAAACUUUCAACAGCCGCAAUGGACGCCAAUUUCUCAAAACUAUUCGUAUCACAACUACAAUAGUACCAAAAAUGAUACCAAUUAUUUGACGCCAAAGACUCAACAGUCCACAAAAGUCACUUAUUCUCCGUGGUUUCCACCAAUGCUUCACGAUAGCUCAACUUCAAGAGGUGCUAUUUCCUGGCUAGGUAGCGAUCUCACAAGGUUGAAAAUCGAUGAAGAAGCGGUGGACGAGCUCUCCUCUACAGACGCAGACGUGGACGCUGCAAUAGCAAGCUUGUCAAGCUUUGGCAAGAACACAAGCAACUACCGUCAAGACACGCAAUUUUUUUUUGAUGAUAUUCCCGUGCGUUUCGAUCAUGCCCAGCUAUCAUACACAAAAUAA